AUGUUAAUCCCUUUGCGAGCAAAGGGGAGCUGGGAAGAUUUAUAUAAAUUUGUUUCUUGCAGCGGCAGCAGCAGCAGCAACAGCAGCAGCAGCAACAGCAGCAACAGCAGCAGCAGCAGCAAGACAAAAGAAGAAUUAAAUGAAUGGCAAGUGUAUCCUGAUUGUCUUUCUCCUUUGCUGCAGCUGCAACCCAUCAGCAGCGAUCAGGCAUUAGCAGCAGCAGCAGCAGCAAUAACAGCAACAACAGCACCAGCAGCAGCAACAGCAGCAACAGCAGCAGCAAUAACAGCAACAGAUAGCAGUAUACAAACUACAGAUACGCAUACUAACAAACUCCUCUCUCUUGAGGAAACCCCGCAGCAGCAGCAGCAGCAGCAGCAACAGCAGCAGCAAGAGCUGCUGCACCAGCAGCAGCAGCAGCAACAGCAGCAGCAGCAGCAGCAGCAGCUGUUAGAUAUGUUUUGUCCGUGUGAAAGGGACAGCGGAGUGUUUGAAGAAAUCAACUUAUGGCGCAACUUUGAAUAA